AUGAUCGCCUGCUAUCCUGCUAACGAACUUGAAAUCGGGGCCGUAGAUCGCCUUGCUCGUGCCAGAGGAGAAGAGCCGGCUCGGGUGCCCGUGGUAGACAAAGAUCCUCACGCCUUUUCCGUUCUUCCUUCAGAAGACAACUAUAUCGGCUACAGCUCAGGAAUACCAUUCGGAUGGGUAAAUGACGUGGCGCUGAAGAGCCUCGAGGCAUUCCGAGCAUACGAACCUUCAGCUCUUAUCGAACGUAUCUGCCCUACUCCGUCGCUACUGAUUUUGAUGAACAAUGAUGUUGUCACACCUACCGACCUUGCGCUUGGUGCUUUCGCAAGAGCAAAGGAACCCAAGCAAUUACACAUUCCGCCGGGAGGACAUUUCGACCCAUAUAAUGGGCAACUCUUCGAUGAAAAUGCUCCAGUACAGGCCAGGUUUCUACAAGAGCAUCUCCUAAAGUAG